UGACUUCUGACUUAUGGAUAUCUGAAAAUUUAAAAGUCUCAAACAGAAUCCAGUAAACCUAUAGAAGGAUGGCCAGUAAAAUCAUUUUAAAUGAUGUAGAAAAAAAGGUUGUCCAACUUUUAAAGAAAACUGCCGACUUCAUCGAAAAUGGCCAUAAUACGAACGCACCUAUCGAAGUACGUUUAGCCGGUGGUUGGGUACGCGACAAGUUGCUAGGGCUUUCUAGCGACGAUUUAGAUGUAACAUUAAACAAAAUCAAUGGUAUAGAUUUCGCCAAAGCUAUCUUAGAAUAUGUAAAUAAGUUGGACCCAAAAGCUGCCGUUCCUUACAAAAAGUCAAUUGGAAAGCUGACUGUUAAUCCGGACCAGAGCAAACAUCUAGAAACAGCGACGCUUUCACUUUAUGGAUUGGACAUUGAUUUCGUCGGUUUACGAGAAGAAACUUACGAUGACAAGAGUCGAAUUCCUACUGUUCGACAGGGUACCAUAGAAACAGAUACUUAUCGUCGUGACUUUACUGUGAACUCUCUGUUUUUUAACAUUCGUAGCGAACAAGUCGAGGACAUAACAAAACGUGGAUUUGCUGACUUGAGAAACAAAAAUUUGGUCACGCCUAUUUCACCAGUUCGAUCCUUUUUAGAAGACCCUCUCCGAAUUCUGCGUGGCCUAAGAUUUGCUUCUAAAUUUAGCUUUUCUCUAGAUCCUUCACUUCACGAUGCCAUACAAAAUCUUGGAGUCCAAAAAGCCUUUAAAAUUAAGGUCAGCAGAGAGCGUGUCGGUGAAGAACUUGAAAAAAUGUUACGAGGUCCAAACCCUGACCUUUCCCUUCAUCUGAUCUAUUCCUCUCAUGUAUCUUCUUUUAUGUUUGGCCCUGUACCCGAAGAAAAGAGAGAAGUCCCCAAGAGAGCCACGGAAUCUGCGACUUACCUUUUUGAUUAUUUUCAGGAAAAUUUCUCUAGACUGCCAUCCUUAAGUGAUGAUGACCGAUUUUCUAUUUGGCUGUUUACUGCUUUGCUGCCUUGGGCUCAUCAAUCCAUUAUUCAAAAGAAAAAACUAAUCCAUAUACCCGCAGUAAUAGCUAAGGAUAAUUUGAAACUAAACAAUCAUGCUAUAACUCAACUCAAUAUGAACUGCUUAUACGCUGAUGUGUUUGACACUCUUGCAAACGACUUAACCAAGGCUUCUCGAUGCGAACUGGGUAAUAUAAUUCGUCAAAUUGGAAAAAAUUGGCCUAUUGUUAUUCUUUCAUCUGCCUUAUAUUCGUAUUGCAAACAACAAGAUGCGCAGUUACCCAGUGUAUUUCAGAGGUUCUCUGACCUGUACAAGUUAAUAUACGAUCAAAACUUACAAAAGAGUUACGAAUUAAAACCUUUGUUAGAUGGAAAGCAAAUCAUUGAACAGAUGGAAAUUAAACCAGGUCCUGAAUUGAAAACAAUCAUGGAACAAAUGAUUUCUUGGCAAUUUGAAAAUCCAGAAGGAACAGUCAACGAUUUAAUCGCAUACUUACGCUCUCUAAAAAAUAUAAUAGAACAGAAAUGAAGUCGUGGGAAUACACGGAUUUAUUGCAUCUGCUCAUAUUAGAAGUGGUA